UACUAAUCCCCCAAACCUCUUCCCACUCCUUCCUCUUCCCCCCAAAAAUAAAAAACCAACCAUCUUUCAGCAUGUUGGCCACAGUAUUCUUAAUAGUCGCAAGUGCUCUCACUGCGAACGCUAAGCUUGGGAUUAACUGCCGUGGUUCCGCAAAAUGCAGCGCAUUAUGGGGACCUUCUGAUGCUGCCCAGCAACUCACCAAUGUGAUUCAACAUAUCGAUACCAACAGAUGGUACAUGAACGGAGAGCACAUCGCCUGUGUUGGCAACCAGGCCGGUAAUGGUGGUGGUUAUUGUGCGUUCCUGCAGAAGACUGGGGGAACCAAUGGCGGUGUGAUUAAGAACUUGGCUCACUAUAUUACGGAUCACGGAUGCAAGCAGUGUGGUAGUGUGCCAUACUUUUACCCUCAGGGCAACAACAAUGUUGAUGACGGCGAACUCACAUAUAACUAUGUGGAUGAUCCUUGCGCUACAGCAGGUACUCAGCUAUGCUAAGUCAGUCAUGUCUUGGUAAGACCUCGGCAAUGGGGGUUUCUUGGGGGGUUUUCUGAACUAGGUAAUUCGUUAUGAAAUCAACCUCUACACUGGAUACGAGGCAAUACUGCCUAGCUUCGCUCCCUGGCCUGUUCCUGAUCCUUUUGUCGUUCACCCCUUUUUUCUGUCGGCUUUUCCUUAUAGAGCCCAGUCAGCCCUGGAGCUUUCGAAAUGGCACCCUGUGGCUCCUGGUACCCGUUUCCUAGUCUUACUGUCGAGUCCACGGUUGUUCUCAGGCCAGUCCCGAGGGCUAAAAUUUCAAGCUCAUAGCUGUGCCUUUGUUGUUGCGCUGAUGGACGACUUGCUAUAUUUCAUGGAUUCGGUAAACGAGCUGGGCCACCUGGCCGCCAGAUGGAAAGUGAAAUCAGUCACAACAUCAUCAGUUUAUCUUUCUAUUAGAAAACUAAAGUGGUUCUAUUAAUUUAGCCAGUUUGCUAUAUAUUCAAUAACACGGUAUAUAACACCUAGAGUAUCUAGGUGGCAA